AUGCAGUCCCAUCUCACGAGACGGGUCUUCCGCGCCAUCAUCAACAACGAGCCGCUUCGGUUCUCACAAUGCCAACGAACUCGCCUGAUGCAUACCAUUACUCCUAUGCGAGUACGUUCCGCCAUGCCUGGCCUCUCUUAUACCACGCGACGCAACAUGUUUGCCUUUACGAUGGGUCAAGACCCUGAACGGCGACCGAGCACUCUGCCCUCCGAGAAAGGCCUACAACCAAUGGCAGAUUUAUUGAGGUCACUUAAAGAUAGAAGCCGAGCCCCUCCGAGCUAUCUUCUUGCAAAGGCAUUCCAGACUUUCUUCACAACGCGGCUGGAGAAUCCUAGUGUGAUCACCCAGUUCCAUGCCCGUACGUUGAUCGUCACGUGGAAACAUCUCAAGGCCCUGCAGAAUGAUUUGGAUGAGCAAGAUUGGCAGAAUAUGUUUUCAACCGAAAAUUUGGAAAAGAUGUUGCAGGUACUGUCAGAAUGUGAAACCGCGCCGCAGGCCCGCGAGACCGUCAUUCGCCUCGCUCGUUACGCGUAUCAGGAGCUCAUUCUGGAUCACGGAUUUGGUCCCAAUAGGAUCAGUCGGCCCGCCCUCUCGCUAUAUAUAAAUAUUUUGGCUAUGAACGGCAAUCCAGAGGGCGCUAGGCAUACACUGCUCCACUUUUGGGGCCAAAUGAGGGGAUAUCAACCCUCGCCCUGGCUCACGGUCUUGAAAGGAUUCGCCCUGAACGAGGACCUAGAACAGGUGCGGAAGGUUGUUGAUGAUUGGGGGGUCCACGGCAACAGCUUUGACCAAAAAUCUCAUGAAGAAAUCAUCAAACUUUUGAUUGAACAUGAUCAGUUCAAGGCUGUUGAGCUUGUCUAUGCCUGCCCACUCGCCGGUGGUGUGCAACCAUCUAUAGCCACCAAAGUGGCCGUCGUCGAGUACUGUAUCUUCAGCUCUCGCUUAGACGCGGCUGGAGAUAUCUUCAACUCCAUUCCCAGUGAUGCUAGAGAUGCUACUGGUAUCACUUUGCUCUGGGAGGCGGUAAUGGGCAACAAUGCUUCUGCUCUUGUACAAAAGGUUGAAUCGUGGAAAGCCUCCGGAUUUGAGUCCAUCACAAUUGAGAUUGUCAACAAGCUGCUCCGAUAUGCCAACGCGAAGCAAAACCCACAAUGGGCUGCAGACUUCAUGACGCUGACAAGUCAGUGGGGACUUGUACCAAAUAGUCAAACAUACAUGCUGCAGCUCGAGUCUUACAUCCAAGCAGGCGAUGUAGAGAAGACUUUGAAGCUUCUCGAAGACCAAGUUGAUCCCGCUUCCCUCACGGGUGAUAACACACCACUUGCCAACAAGCUCAUCACAAUGCUCUGUCGAUCCGAGGAGAAAGACGAGCUAUUCCACAAAAUCUCAUCCCUUCUUGACCCCCUCUUUGAAGACAACGUCCGCCUGGAACCAGAGACGGUGGCCGCCCUGACACACUUGCUUCUUUACCGCAAUGAUCUGGAUGCUGUAUCAGAGCUGCUUCGUCCCCGACUAGGCACUUACGAAGACAGCCAGAAAGCGCCAGUGCGCGCCGCAAUCAUGUCUUUCAUUUUGGAUACGAAUCAAUCCGACACGGAUGCAUGGAACGCAUACGAGUUCCUGAGAGUCGCCUUCCCAUCCACGGGGACCGUUUACCGCACCAAGAUCAUGACCGCCUUCUUCGACAGAAAGCGCAGUGACCUUGCCGUCCUGGUCUUCGGACACAUGCGUCAAGCGGAUGAAUCCGCCCGUCGACCCAAAGGCGACACUUACGCACGCUGCUUCCAAGGACUAGCCCGCACCGCGGACACAACCAACCUCGAGCUCGUGCACAACAUGCUGAAGCUUGAUAUCGAGGUGGAUCUCACCACGAGGAUCCUGAACGGGUUAAUGAUGGCGUAUGCCGCUUGCGAGAAGCCGGAUAGGAGCAUGGCGAUCUUCCGCCAGAUCCUUCAGUCUGAAGAAGGUCCCUCGCAGAAGACGAUCACGCUUUUCUUCAAGGCCUGUGAGAAGCACCACAAUGGCGCUCAGGAGGCAAUGAAGUUGAUGGGCAAGGUCAAGAAGCUGGAGAUUACAAUGGAUCGUCCUUUGUACUCGGCUUAUAUGGAGUCACUGGCGGCGCAGUGCGAGUUUGACCUCGCCUGUGAGGCUAUCAACAAUAUGGAGGCUGAGACCGGGCUCCCUCCUACGAGCAAUACUAUUGGACUUUUCUACAAUGCCAUCCCGUAUCAAUACUGGAAGGAUGAGGUUGAGAAGUGGGCCAGCGAGAAGUAUCCUGAGCAUUGGGCACACUUGUUGACGAUGAACCGCACCGAGCACGAGGAGGGGCCGAAGUUUGAUGGCAUUUCGAACAAUGUAGCAGUGUAA